AUGUUCUUCGCUGGCUCUCAAGUGUUAGGGGCAGGCCUGCCAACCUGUGUUUCAGGAGGCACAUCACAUCCAGGGUGGACUGUAAGGAGGCCCGUCAGGAGGUUGCAGCUUCGUGGUCCGCGGCCGGUCCCGCGGGAGAUGGCCCCGGGGGCGCCCACAUUGCUGCUGCUGUGGCUGCUGUGGUUCCCUGGCUUCCCGCCCCGCGCUGCCGGCUGCCCAGCCGCCUGCCGCUGCUACAGCGCCACGGUGGAGUGCGGCGCCCUGCGGCUUCGCGUCGUCCCGCCCGGAAUCCCACCCGGGACGCAGACGCUGUUCCUGCAGGACAACAGCAUCGCGCGCCUGGAACCGGGCGUACUGGCGCCUCUCGCCGCCCUGCGCCGUCUCUACCUGCACAAUAACAGCCUGCGCGCCCUGGAGCCAGGCGUCUUCCGCGCGCAGUCACGCCUGCUAGAGCUAGCGCUCACCGGCAACCGGCUACGCGGCUUGCGAGUUGGCGCUUUCGCGGGCCUGGCCCAGCUGCGUGCACUCUACCUGGCUGGUAACCAGCUAGUGCAGCUGCUGGAUUUCACCUUCCUGCACCUACCGCGACUGCAGGAGCUGCACCUGCAGGAAAACAGCAUUGAGCUGCUGGAGGACCAGGCCCUGGCUGGGCUUUCCUCACUAGCAUUGCUGGACCUCAGCAGGAACCAACUGGGCACCGUCAGUCGUGAGGCCCUACAGCCCCUGGCCAGCCUGCAGGUCCUGCGCCUCACAGAGAACCCAUGGCGCUGUGACUGUGCCCUGCACUGGCUGGGAGCAUGGAUCAAGGAAGGGGGCCAGCGGCUGCUCAGCUCCAGGGACAAGAACAUCAUGUGUGCAGAGCCCCCGCGCCUGGCACUUCAAAGUCUCCUGGACAUAUCUGGCAGUAGCCUCAUCUGCAUCCCGCCCUCUGUACACGUGGAGCCGCUGGAGGUGACGGCCAACCUGGGUGAGGACCUGCGCGUUGCCUGCCAGGCUUCCGGCUACCCGCAGCCCCUGGUGACCUGGAGAAAGGUGGCCCAGCCUCGUGAAGGGCAGCCACGGGCCCAGAUCCAGCCAGAAGGCGGGGCACCGCGCCCCGGCGGGCCCGGCGCCUCUGACACGGGCAGCGGCAUGCUCUUCCUCACCAACAUCACCCUGGCCCACGCUGGAAAGUACGAGUGCGAGGCCUCCAACGCCGGCGGCGCCGCCCGCGUGCCCUUCCAGCUCCUGGUCAACCUGUCCCAGCAGCAGCAGCUGCAGCUGGCGCCCCCGCCGCCUCCGGCCGCCGGCCCCGUCAGCCACGAGCCCCUGCAAGAGGCCGGCAGCAUGGCCUUCCGCGCCCUGGGCCUGGCCACCCAGACGGCCAUCGCGGGCGCCAUCGCGCUCCUUACGCUCACGGCGCUGCUGCUGGCGACCAUGAUCUGCCGCCGGCGGCGCAAGAGAAAAAAGGCCCCGGGACUGCCGGGGGAGGGCGCGCUGUUCGUCAACGACUAUUCGGACGGGCCCUGCACCUUCGCGCAGCUCGAGGAGCUCCGCGACGAGCGAGGCCACGAGAUGUUCGUCAUCGACCGUUCCAAGCCACUCUUCGCCGAGGGCCCGACGGAGGCUGCCGAUGGCGCAGCAACCGGGCCGGCGCAGGGCCUCCCGCUGCAGCCACCGGCAGCCUACGAGAUCCACUGCUGAAGAGUGCGGCCCAGAGGGGCGGGCGGGCGGGCGGGCGCUCGCUGAUGACGUAGUCUCCGCGGAUUGGCA